ACGCUCGCCAUAGGAGCAGAGCGUCAAAGUAUCAGUAACAACUGGACUAACGUUACUUUACUGAGGGAAUUCCUGCCUGGGGUUGCACUACUUUUAUUGAACUCACUUUUGGGACAAGCUCAAAUGAAUGCGGUGUCGCAGUGAGCCCUGAGUCCCGUCGCUCAUGGUUACCUGUGGAGCAAAUGUGUCAAGUGGCAGCAACGGUUUCCGCUCGUGCGGUGUUGUGAUGGCUAGCCGCCGUCGCUAGCUGUUAGCUCUGCAUGGCUGCUGCUGGUACUGCUGCAGAGACAGAGGUAAUUAGCUUGCUACGCUCGUUCGGCUGCUAGUUGCUUACAGACAGUUCGCCAUCUCCGAGCCCUGCCGAUAAGGCCACUUGACGGAUAACGCGUUGGAUAUCACAAUAAGGCAGAUCACCAGAUGGAAAUAUGAUGUUUAUAACCAGUGGAUUACUCAUCAUGCCUUUCGAAAUUAUGGAAUAAUUUUCAUCAUGCGCUCCGUCAAAUCAAAUCUCGACCACUGCUGCAGAGAUUCCUCCUUACAUUUGGAUUUACCAGGCAGCCUUUAAAGACCAGCAGCCACGACUGGGUGUGCUGUCUUAUCUUCUGAUUUAGUUUUUUUUUUAUAACGUGCUUCCGCUAAAACAUUAAGUAUGUGUCUAUGCCGGUUGGAUAUGCUCAGAAACCUAUAAACAUUGACGUGAAUUCGAGCGAAGGAAGCCCAAAGAAGGAAGUCCAGGGCGGGAUAGGUACAGAGAAACUACCCGUCCCCAAAGAAACAUGGCCUCGGUUUGGAAGAGACUGCAACGUGUGGGGAAGCAUGCGUCCAAAUUCCAGUUCGUGGCUUCCUAUCAGGAGCUGAUGGUGGAGUGCACUAAGAAAUGGCAACCAGACAAACUGGUGGUGGUUUGGACACGCAGGAGUCGACGGAAAUCAUCCAAGUCCCACAGCUGGCAGCCUGGCAUCAAAAAUCCCUACAGAGGAGUGGUUGUGUGGCCUGUACCAGAGAACAUUGAGAUCACUGUCACUCUUUUUAAGGACCCCCAUGCAGAGGAGUUUGAAGACAAAGAGUGGACGUUUGUUAUUGAAAAUGAGUCUCCAUCAGGGCGGAGGAAGGCCUUGGCCACCAGCAGUAUAAAUAUGAAACAGUACGCCAGUCCAAUGCCUACACAGACGGAUGUCAAACUCAAGUUUAAGCCCCUGUCGAAGAAAGUGGUGUCGGCCACCCUACAGUUCUCCCUCUCCUGCAUUUUCCUCCGUGAGGGAAAGGCCACUGAUGAGGACAUGCAAAGCCUGGCCAGCCUGAUGAGCAUGAAGCAGGCUGACAUUGGCAACCUGGACGACUUUGAGGAGGAGAAUGAGGAGGAUGAGGAGAACAGAGUUAACCAGGAGGAGAAGGCUGCCAAGAUAACAGAGCUGAUCAACAAGCUGAACUUCCUGGAAGACGAGGAUCAGGAAGUGCCUCCUGCCAUGGGUACAAAUCCCUUUGAUGACCCUGAUGACGACCUUCAUCCCAACCACCUCAACCCAUUUGGUGAUCCUGAUGAAGACGAGCCCCCUGCCCAGUCGGUCUUAAGGCAGCGGGUUAAUGAAGAUUCCUUCUAUGACCACGACUCCUCAAAUCCAUUCAAUGAGCCAGAUGAACCUGGGACACAAACACCCCCAGGGAACCCCUUCGAUGAGCCUGAGCAGGACAUGGACCUCCAGCCAGACCCAGAACCCCCCAAGCCCAGGCAGAGGAAAGGAGUGCGGCCUGUUGAUAUGAGCAAGUACUUGUACGCCGACACCUCUCACAACGAGGAUGAGGAGCUUGAUGAAUCCAACCCGUUCUACGAGCCAAGGACAUCAAGCCCUACGCAGCCCCCUGCUGGUGGCCCCUCCCUGGAUGUGAGCAGCAGCCAGAAGAGGAGGGCUCCCCCACCACCAAGUUCCAGCCCUGGCCUCGGCCCCAGUCCGCCAGCUCCCAGCUCUGGCCCAGAAAGGGAGAGAGCCCAGCCAGUCGGGCCCAGCCCAGUCGCAGCAGUAAUGGGGAGAGAGCUGGCCUCCUCUUCCCCCAAGCCCAGCCCCGUCCCGAGCCCGGUCCUGGGAGGGAAACCCAACGCGAGCCAGUCUCUGCUGGUCUGGUGCCGUGAGGUCACCAAGAACUACCGUGGGGUGAAGAUCACCAACUUCACCACCUCCUGGAGGAAUGGGUUGGCCUUCUGUGCCCUGCUGCACCAUUUCAGACCUGACAUAAUAGACUACAAGUCGCUCAAUCCUCAGGAUAUUAAAGAAAACAACAAAAAGGCAUACGAUGGCUUUGCGAGCCUGGGUAUCUCCCGUCUCCUGGAACCAUCAGACAUGGUGCUGCUGGCUAUUCCUGACAAGCUAACAGUAAUGACCUACCUGUACCAGAUCCGGGCCCACUUCUCCGGGGAGGAACUCAACGUGGUGCAGAUAGAGGCCAACAGCAGUCGCAGCACGUACAAGGUGGGCGACUUUGAAACCGAUACAAAUGCCUCCAUAGACCAGGACAAGUUCUAUGCUGAACUUAAUGACGUGCAGCACCGCCAGGGUAACGCUCAGCCUGUUGCAUCUGGCGGUGAAUCUAAUGGCACUAAAGCUGCUGAGGAAGAGGUGAUGGAGCCGGGUUGGAAGACCGAAGUAGGAGCGGUCAGCUUGCCAGCAGCAGGGCCUUUACAGUCGUCCCCACCUGUCCCAUCACCACGCACAGCAUUAGCCGCCUCAGCAACAGACUCGACCCACGUGACACCAUCAAACUCUGAGGACAGGGGGAAUCUGCUCAAAGCCAACACUUUAGACCUUAGCGAGUUACCACAGCGAGUGGAGAGAGAGAUGGAGAAGGAAAGACAGCAGAAGAAUGAGGUGGGAGAGGAAGGAAGGGAGGGAGCCACAGAACCAGGGUCCCCCACCAGGAGAGGGGCCUCCUCCCCACCCCACCAGAAACUGGGCUUCUCCUAUAACAGGGAUGCAGACCUCAUAAAGAAGAAGAGGGCCAGCCUGCGCCAUUCGGAGUCUGAGCCCACCUCAGACAUCGGCUCCCCUCCAGUCAACCACACAGACAUGCCUCCCAAACAGGAGCAAACACCUGCCCCUGUAUCAAGUCCACCUGCUGAGAAGAGGGUGCUGUCUCGUCAGGAGGAGCUGAAAGAGAGAGCCAGACUCCUCCUGGAGCAGGCCCGCAGAGACGCUGCAAUGAAGGCCGGCAACAAGAACGUCCCCAACUCAGCCACCAAUGCACCAAACAGGGCCGCAAACGUCAAUGAUGAGCGGGAUGCAGAGCGACGGAGACAGCUGAGAGAGCGAGCAAGGCAGCUGAUAGCUGAGGCUCGAUCCGGAGUCAAGAUGUCUGACAUGAGCAUGCUGGACGUGUCCAGCACUGAGAGAGGCAAGGGCAGCAAGGCUAGCCCUGCUGGAGAUGUUUUGGAUGGAGUGAGAGGUCAGGAUGAUGCCGGUGAUGGGGAAAUGGGUGAGGAUGAGGAAGAGGGGAAGGCUGAGGAAGAGCAGCUCCAUUUUGAUGGUGAUGGUGAUUUUGAUGAUGAUACUGUUGCUGCUGCCACAUCUGCCUCUGCGCUGGUUACUAACCCACAGCCACUGGAGGCCCCUCUUCCAACUACCUCCAUCACCCAGGGGCCGCUGGAGCUUACUAACCCCGGCACUGAGCUAGCUUCUCUGGGUACAAACAGUAAACAUGUGGAUCUGAAGCUGAAGAAGCUGGUGGACGUCAGCCCAAGAAGAGCCACCUCCCCUUCAUCCCCAUCCUCCACCUCUUCCUCAUCCUCGCCCACUGCAUCCUCCACCUCCCCACUCAGCCCUGCAGAAGGACUGGAGAAUAACGCUGAGGAGUUGCGAGCAGAACGGCUGCGCAGAGCGACAGAAAGGUUACGUAGCCCAGUGGUCUUCAACAAGGAUUCUGCAGUCAGGAAAACGCAGCUGAAGUCCUUCAGCCAGUAUGUGGAGAGCAGGCCAGAGGUGAAGAGACAAAAGUCUGUUCCUGAGGAUCUGAGGAGGGCUGAGGAGGAUAGAGGUUCACCGACGGAGCUUGAUAUUCGCAGACCAUUUGAAGAGGAGAAGGCGUUCAAAGACACCAGUCAGUAUGUGGUUGGGGAGCUGUCUGCACUGGAGAGCGAGCAGAGGCACAUAGACGCCCGAGCAGCUCGCGUGGAGAAGAGGCUGCGCUAUCUCAUGGACACAGGCAACAACAAGGAGGAAGAGGAGGCCAUGAUGCAGGAGUGGUUCAUGUUGGUCAACAAGAAGAAUGCACUCAUCAGGAGACAGAACCAGCUCUCUCUGCUGGAGAAAGAGCAUGAUCUGGAGAGACGCUUCGAACUGCUGAACAGAGAGCUGAGAGCAAUGUUGGCCAUCGAGGACUGGCAGAAGACGGAGGCCCAGAAGAGACGAGAGCAGCUGCUGCUGGAUGAGCUGGUCAUACUGGUCAACAAACGGGACGCACUGGUCAGGGACCUGGAUGCCCAGGAGAAACAGGCCGAGGAGGAGGACGAGCACCUGGAGAGGACGCUGGAGCAGAACAAAGGAAAGAUGGCCAAGAAAGAGGAGAAGUGUGUGCUUCAAUGAUUGUCACUCAGAAAAACACAACCAACAAAUGUAGCCGAUAAAAGAAAUGUAUCAUCAUUAUUAUUACUAUAAUUA